CGACACAGCCGAGACUCGAUCAGGAGAGAUCGCACAAACGGUCUGCAAUUCGCCGUGGUAUGAACCUCGAGAGGACAUUUAACAAGAUACUCACAACGAAUCGUGGGAACUUGCCAUACCACGUGACAGAAGGGAAAUUCUUUUCGAUGAAUAUGUUCUCUUACAAAGAAAUACGACAGACACCAGACUUCUUAUUUAUCCAUUUUGAAAGUAGCGCGAGACACAUGAAGACCAUUUGAUCGGAAGUACUAUGCAUUCCUUUCGACAUUCUCGGUGCUAGUAUAGCACAGGCACUAUUACUGUAAUUCGAUGAGGAAGAACGAAGUUUUCUUUAACCUAUGACUUAAACUUUCAUAAACAUACUUGUGCACGAAGCUUGCUAUAAUUUACUACACAUGAGUGUACAACGGCUCGGAUCAGUAUGUGUGAAUAAAUAAGAAAUUUUCCAGAGCGCACUUUUAAGACAAACUGAUUACAAUCGUCCCAUCGUUUGAGUUGAAAAUAAUCGAUUGCAAUUUACUCGUUUCAGUUUUUCUACUUUCCUUAGAAGAAAGGGUAUCUUCUUACUAUAAGAAAAUAGAUCUUUGUUCUUUCCGUUCCUUUACAUAUCGCUGGAACCCUAUUCUGAUAUUUAGCUGUGAAAGUUGAAUAUUCUUUGAUAAUACAGUCCAAUUUUCGAAACACAUGAUCUUCUUAAGAAUUUAUCAUAUAAGCUGGAUAUUAUCUAUAAAUACAGAUCAAUUUUUAAAACGAAUGGUGCUGUUCGACGGAAACCGUGGUGUUACCCGUACAGAAGAACAACAAUAAAGUAUUCAUCUACGAAGUAACUCCACUUUCUGACUACAAUUUUCAUGGAAAUGUAACAGAAGUGGUAACUUACUGGACGGUGGAUAAUAGAGCAAUUACAAUAGAAUAAAAGAUAAACCGAGAAAUAAAAACACAAUUCGUAAACAUAUGGAAAGAAGGAAAGGGAAGGUACUCACGAUUACGUGGAGUUACUUGUCGAUCUUCGUCCAGUCAGGAUGAAAACGUCGACGAGUAAAGACUUCGCUUACGCGAUGACUCCGUUGAAGAUUGUGUCGUGGCCUGUAGGUACCUGGCCUCUUCAAGACUACAAUAUUUUUUCCGCUAUACGUGCCACAAUAGCGACUUUUUUUUUGCUGCUAAUGGUAACGGUCGUGCAAUCGGAGAUGUACUUAGACAACAGCGAUGCCGAAAAAAAUCUGGACGGUCUAGUACUUAUUACCUGCGGCAGUUUGGCAGCGUCAAAGAUUAUACAGUUUCGUAUUCGGCCUGCUGCCCUUAUCUCAAAUUUUACGUCCGCGGUUGAGGAUUAUAACGAAUUGCGAGACGAAGAAAAACGAGUGAUAAUGCGAAAGCACGCUUAUAUGGCGAGAGUGGCCAGUGCCAGUGUGAUAUCUUUCGCGUAUUUCAGCUCGAUUCUUUUCAUAACUGUGCCUAUGCUGGCUGAAGAGGAAGAGAAAGAUAUAGUUAACAUAACGGAAGACAGUACAACGGAGUAUCCUCUACCUUCCGAAAAUGUAAUAGCAGUUAUAAAAAUGCCGGAUAAUUUGUAUUUCAUUGUUUUUAUCGUCGAGUACUUGAUGCUGAUAUUCCUGAGUACUGGAAAUCUAGGGAGCGAUUCGUUGUUCUUUGGUAUCAUUUUUCACCUGUGCGGUCAGGUAGAAAUUCUGAGGCUUGAGUUCAAUAGGUUGAACAACGAGAACGAAAAAGCAAUGGAACAUUUCAUCUCAUUAACCAAGAGGCACAUUUACUUGCUGAAGUUAGCUAAAAUGCUGAGCGAGACCAUCAGCUCUAUCUUGGUUGUGCAACUAUUCACGAGUUGUAUACUUAUUUGUACAAGCGGACUUCAAUUUAUUAUCGCUCUUAGCGUUGGAAACAUCGUCAUGACGAUAAAGUCAUUUAUAGUGUCGAGCACGCUACUGCUGCAAUUAUUUGCAUACAGCUACGUGGGCGAAUAUUUAAGGCGUCAAAUGGAAGCCGUCGGUAACUCGGUGUAUUUCUGUAGCUGGUACGAUAUACCGAAAGGUGUGGCAAAAGAUAUUAUUUAUGUCAUUAUGAGAGCUCAAGAUCCUGUUUUCUUGAAGGCUGGAAAAUUCUUCGUAGUCAAUAUGGAAACAUAUAUGAGUAUUAUAAAAACUUCUAUGUCGUAUCUUUCAGUUCUUCGAGUGAUGGUAACUACUUGAGAUCUUGUGUAAUAUAUAUGUAAUUCUACGAAGCUAUAUUAUUAUAACAAAGCACAAUAAAGUGUUUAAUAUUAUA